AUGAAGCCUAAAUAGCAUAAUUAUCUUUAUUCUAAGCGAGCUCGCUGUAUGAGCUUGGCAAACUUUCAGUUCAAUGUGGAAAAAACAUGUUGGGCUAUAUAGAUAUAAAACGAUUAAAAGAUUAUAAUGAAACCAUUAACCUCACAUAAGAGCAUCUUUUUAAUAUCUACAUAAAUGUAGGCAGUUGUUCAUAUUGUGCAUCAACAGCAUGAUUAAAAGGAUGGACCCAAGAGAAAUAAAGCUGUUUCAGAAUCGCUUUAGGAAUAAUUUGGCAGUAUUUACAUUAAGUGUGAAAGAAGAAUUUCAAUUUCCAUAGAAGAGCAGUCAGCAUUAAAAGGUCCAACUCGAUUUACAGUCUAUCUAUCUAUACAUACAUAAAGUAUGAACUUAACAGAAUAUUAAUUACAAGGCUCGUGUUAACAUUAAUUGCAAGCCUUGAAAAGCAUUAAAGACAAAUCAUUAGUGCAUAUGGUACAUUCUAUAAUAUUCUAUUAUUGCGAAUAUAAUGAUAAUUAGGAGAUUAUGAAUUUUGAAAAUGAUCAUCAAACAUUAUAAAGAUGA